AUGAAGGUCCAGUCUUUUACUCUUGUGGCUGCCACGGCUCUGAUCACGCCUGGUCUGGCGGCGUUUCACCCCGGAGCCGCUAUCAAGGCAAAGCCACCAGUCAACACUGGUUUCAUCAUCGAACUUGAGCCGAAUGCGUCAAUCAAUGGCCGCGAGGUCGGCGAAGAUGCGCACUCUGUUUUCCAUCGCCGAGCCGAAGACGUCCUGGAUUACUCUGUACGUCACGAAUUCAAAAAUCCGGACUACUUCUAUGGCUUGUCAAUCAAUGCAAAGGAUGAUACCGACGUCGACACUUUGCUUGCUCUACCCCAGGUCAAGAAGGUCUGGCCCAACAAAUAUUACGACCGCCCCGUACCAGUUGGUUCUAGCCGGAGAUCAAAGACUGUCAACCCCUCUGUUCCCAUCGGAGUGCAGUCCGUCCAGCUCAGAGCCGCUGCACAGGUUGUCACCAUCAAUGGCACCAGUGAUGUCCUUUCCAGUCUCAAGAUGACCGGCGCUGACAAAGUCCAUGCCCAAGGUCUGACUGGAAAAGGCAUCAAGAUUGGUUUCCUCGAUACUGGUGUUGAUUGGCGUCACCCAGCCCUGGGCGGUGGCUACGGCGAAGGCUUCAAGGUAGCGGGAGGCUAUGAUUUUGUGGGUGAUAACUUUGUUGGCUGGAAUGAUCCAGUCCCGGACGAUGACCCAUUGACUACUUGCUUGGAGGGCGGUCACGGUACCCAUGUUGCUGGAAUCCUCGCUGCCAAGGACCCUCAGGGCGUUGGAUUUGGCAUCUCUGGUGUUGCACCUGACGCAUCUCUUUAUGCCUACCGCGUUCUCGGCUGCAGUGGAGGUGUCACUGAUGAUAUCCUCAUGCAAGGCUUUGAGAGAGCUGCUAGCGACGGAGUUGACCUCAUCAGCAUGUCGAUUGGUGAGACAACUAUUUGGGAGGGUGGCUCACCGUACAUUCCGAUUCUGUCCAAGAUCCAGUCCCAGGGCAUCGGAAUCGUCAUUGCGGCCGGCAACGAGGGCGACACUGGCCUUUACGUUUCCUCGGCACCAGCACAAGACCCCAGUGCGAUCUCAGUCGGCUCCGUGAGCGACUUCCACUUUGCUACGGUGUACAACGCUGCUGGUUCGGAUGGUUCCACCAUUGAGUACGGUCGUGUUGUUCCCCUCAACGCGUCAGCACACUUCAAUGUCUUUGUUGCGGACGACGAUAAUGGAGAGUGCGUGGACCAAGCAUGGGAUGAUGCGAUUGCCAGCUUCCCUAACAAGGGCAGUGUGGUCGCAUUGGUCACCGCGAGAAGCGACUGUUACUACGAUAUCCUGGAUGCACGGAGCAACUCAUCUGGCUUCACGAAUGUCUGGGCAUGGUUUCCUGAUACCAGUGACAUGUCCAUCGACGAGCCAGGUGCGAAUGGCGCCAUUGAUACGGUCAAGGUCAAGAAGUCUGAGGCAAGCAAAAUUCUCGCCGGUAUUGCUAAAGAGGGCAAGAACUUCACUUUGACUUUCGAAGACCAAACCGUUCAUCAGAUUGAUCAGCCAACUGGAGGCACUACCUCAUGGUUCUCAACCUUUGGGCCAACAAUGGAAAUGUCGCUCAAGCCUCAGGUGUCUGCACCUGGAGGAACCAUUCUUAGCACAUGGGUUACAUCUAACGGGUGGGGAUAUGCGGUCAUCUCGGGCACAUCGAUGGCCACCCCUCACCCGAAGGAGAUCGCGAGGCGUUUGCAAUCGUCCGCAACUCCUCUAAAGCAAUACAACGCGACUGACAUUCUCACCACUACCGCUCAACAAGGCUCGGGAUUAGUCAACGUCCUGAGAGCAGUCACGUCGGAAACCGUUUUCUCUGCAACCGAAUUCAACCUUCUCGACUCAGCCGGACCCCUUGAUCGGAAUUUCACAAUCGAGAACUUGUCAUCUUCCCCCAAGACCUACACGCUGGGUCACAAGCCUGCAGCGGAAGUCAACGGACUACCAAAUGGCAACAGUCUUGACAUCAACGACAUGUUCUACUGGGCGCUCAACUUCAAUCCUAUUUACUCGGAAGUGACAUUCACAACGAGCUCCCUUACGGUUCCAGCUGGCGGCAAGGCGACUGUAGAAUUUACGAUCACCCCUCCCACUGUCGACGUUUCCCUCCUGCCGACUUACAGUGGUCUCAUCACAGUCACCGAAGGAGAGGAAAACUUUUCCAUUCCUUAUCUUGGAAUCCCGUAUGCACGCGGCGAACUCUCCAAUAUCUACACAGGAGACUUAAAGAAUCUUGAUGUCUCCCCAGUGCCCCCUUCUGGCGUUCCUUUGCUGCCGUUUAUCAGUUCUUCUGACGCGGGAAUUCGCAAUAACGACAAGACGAUUUUCACAUUCCCCGCCAAGAAGGUUGCCGAGAACCAAACACAGACUCCCGACAACGACCCAGUUCUCACAAUUUUCAUUGACCAACCAUCGGCGUAUGUCCGCUUUGACGCAGUACCUGCAGACAUCGCGUCUAACCCCGCUUACAACUUCACGCCGUCAACAUAUGGUUAUCUCCCGGGAUCCCAAACGAACGCUACCGUAUUUGCCAACACGCCUGUCACUACUCCUCCCCUGGACCUGGGAACCCUUGACCACGUGGCGGGGUUGAAGAGUUAUGGCCUCGUUGGCUUAUUGUGGGGUGGCGAUGUGCCUCAUGGAACAGUUGCUACCAACUUCCGAGGCUACAGCGUUUAUAGCACUGAUUGGUCUUGGGGUGUUGUUGAACUAGCCAACGGAACCAUUUACCAAUUGCCGAAUGCUGAUUAUCGUAUCUUGGUUCGGGCAUUAAAGUGGGGAGGUAACAUGAACAGCUCGACUGACUAUGACAGCUGGCUGAGCCCGAUCAUUGGGGUUAACAUCACAGACCCGGGAUAUCCCAACCCCUGGCUCACUCAUGUCGAAAGUGGCGCCUCGGGCCAGGUUGGCUUCUUCAACGAGGGUUACUGGGGCAUACCCGUUGAUGGUAGCCCCCACUCGCAUAACAUCUUUAUCCGUGGUAACUACCAGGGACCAAAUGUCGAGAAUCGAUGGAAGUGGAAUGAGACGAUUGGUGCUCUGGCUUCUCGCCCCGGUCACCAAGGUCUUCAUGAGUACUUUGAGUGGUGUGAUGACAUGCAACUCGAGCCAUUUCUGGACGUCUAUUCAGGGUACUCUCUUGACGGCACUCAUAUCACUGGCGAGGAUCUGCGGCCCUUUGUUGACGAACUUAUGCGCGAACUCCAAUGGUCGGACAUGAAGGGCUCAGUCUCCGAGGCCAUCUUCAUGCUUGGACUGGAACGCAAUAGUGACCUCAUCCGAGAUGUUGCGUUCGCACCCUUGAUCAGUCUUGUCGAUCAUCAGCAAUGGGCUCCCAAUCUGAAUCCGUUCAAACAAGCCCCUGACGCUAGAGUUUACACCUCCAACUACUGGGUACAGCAGCUCUUCGCGCAAAACGCCGGAUCCAUGAAACAUGAGAUAAUCUCUGAUACUAGAUUUGAUUCGGUCUUUUGGAGUGCUGUAAGCGCUGGGAACAGCUUUGUUGUGAAGCUUGCCAAUUACGCUGGUGAGCCACAGCAUCUAGAUAUCGAGAUUGCAGGAAAAAGGUUCGUGACGCUGUCAAUUCUGGGCCACGACAACCCCGAUAGUGCCAACACCCACGAUGCAGCCCCUAUCUCGCUCCCAGUUGUCUUUUACAUUGAGUCGUCCGAUGGCAACUUUAGCUUCCUCUUGCCUGUAUGGUCCGUUGCGGUUCUUAGGACUGACUGA